AUGAAUUUAUCUAAGUUUGAUAAACUUCCACCUGAAUUAAUCGUAGAAAUAAGUGAUUAUUUAGAUGGAUGCGAUCUUUAUUAUGCAUUUUAUGGAUUAAGUCAACGUAUUAAUACAAUACUCGAUCAACAAUGUCAUUGUCUUUACGUAAGUUUUAUUCAUAUAUCAAAAAUAAAAUUUGAUUUAUAUUGCAAUCGUAUUCUACCAUACAUAAAUACUCGUAUUGUCUCGUUAACAUUAUGUGGUGAUAAUUCAUCAACACCUGGUCAACUUACAUUAUUCUUAACUCGAUUUAAUUCUCUAGCGAGUUUAUUUACCAAACUUGAAUCGUUCAAGUUAAUUGAUUAUACUAAAUUAGAUGUAGAAAUUCUUUUACCUCAUUUUCCUUUGUUGACUCAACUGAAAUGUUUGUCAAUUGGAGAAUAUAAACGUUUAAUGCCAUUUACUAUAAAUGAAAAUGAAUUAAUCAAUGAAAAUGUGAUACUACCUAUGUCACUGUGUACUUUAGCAUUUCCAUAUGAAGUUUCAAAUGAAUGGAUUCAAACAUUGAAUAUAACAACAUCAUUCAUAGAACGAUUGCAUAUUCAUCUUAUUCAUAUGAAUGUAUUGUUUUCGUUUUUACAAAGAUUUCCUUAUUUAAAACAUUUAACUGCUGUUCUAACUGGUAUUAAUCAAAAUACUUUACCAAUAGGAAAUACUUUUCAAUCUAAUGUUAUAUUACAUAGAUUACGAUAUUUGAACGUAAAUAUUACACAAAACGUAAUUUUUGAUAAUUUUGCUUGGCUUCUUAGAAGUUUGACGGAACUUCAUUCAUUAUCACUUGAAGCACUUAAUCCUGAGUUGGAGUUUUUGCAAGCUUAUCGCUGGGAAACAGUUUUACCAUCAAAACUUUUUUCAUUUCGCUUUGAUAUAACCAUGACACUACCAACAAAUCCUGACCAUCUUGAACUAUUAGAACCAUUCAAAAGUCAAUAUUGGAUAUCCCGAGGUUGGUUUGUUCAAUGUCGUUUACGAGAUCGUGGUCGUUUUUUCCGUUUAUCUACUAUUCAAUCGCCUAUCAUCACUAUUCUUUAUUGGCCAGAUGAUGAGAUAUUACUUGAUUCAACAAUCACAGCCGUAUAUUCAAAUGUUACUCAUAUUGAAUUAUGGUGGAAUUUAUCGAAAUCGACUCAAGCAAUAUGUCCUAAUGUGCGUUCUAUUCAAUUGUAUGGUGCUGGUAAUAAUAAAGAUGAACCUGUUCAUCCAAAUAUUUUGGCUAUUUUACAAAAUCCAUCACUUGAACAUAUUAUUAUUAAUAAUAAUCUACCAAUUACUCAUAUUAGAUUUGCAUCAAUUCUUGGUAAAUCAUCAGAUAAUAUUCAGACGUUGACUUGUUCUGCUAAUUGGUUACUAUUAAUGUUAGAAGAUAAACAAUUCGAAUGGAUUUGUCUAUUAACAACAAUGCGUAUUCGUAAAUUGAUUGUUAAUGCUGAUGAUUAUAUUGUGUCUAAUACGAAUCUAAUUGCUUUCUGUCGAACAUUUAUUAAUUUACAGGAAAUAACAAUGAAGAUGAAAUCAAAAGAAGAUUUUAUUUUUCUUUUAAACACGCUUGAAAACUUAACUAUGGCAAAUAUUGAAUUACCCAGUAUUGCUCUCGAUAAUAUUACUAAUAAUAUGAAAUUUAUUGAAGAGAAUACAAUACUUGUCGACUUUGUCAUUCGUAAACAAGUUAUUUCGUUAGAUACUUGUAGAUUGAUUUUAUGGAUUGGUUCACGUCGCACUUCAAAUCUUCAACAAACAAAAAGUGAUCUAUAUUUACAACAUCCAAUUAUUCAUCAAAAUAUGUAA